CGUUUAAGUCCCCUGCAGACCCCGGAAGUGCAACUCGAACUUGGUUGGGGCGCGGAUCUCGAGAGAAAAAGUCGGAGCCGGGCGCGAGGGAGUUCGCCCAGAGAGCUGGAAGGCCACGCCUCCUCGUGCCUACCCACUCAGCCUUGCAACUGGGGACAGAGCUCAGAUAUUAGAAGCUUCUGAGGUAAUACAUUUUUUGCUGAAAAUAUCUCUAUUGCUGUUCAGACUGUCUUCUGAAGAUCGAUGUCUAUUUCCUUGAGCUCUUUAAUUUUCUUGCCAAUUUGGAUAAACAUGGCACAAAUCCAGCAGGGAGGUCCAAAUGAAAAAGAAAAGACUACACCAUUGAAAGAUUUGCUGUCUAGGAUCGAUUUGAAUGAACUCAUGAAAAAGGACGAACCACCUUUUGAUUUUCCAGAUACACUGGAAGGCUUUGAAUAUGCUUUUAAUGAAAAGGGGCAGUUAAGACACAUAAAAACUGGAGAACCAUUUGUUUUUAACUACCGAGAAGACUUACACAGGUGGAACCAGAAAAGAUAUGAAGCUCUGGGUGAGAUCAUCACAAGAUAUGUUUAUGAGCUCCUGGAAAGUGACUGUAACUUGAAAAAAAUCUCUAUUCCAGUAGAUGCCACUGAAAGUGAACCAAAGAGUUUUAUCUUUAUGAGUGAGGAUGCUUUGACAAAUCCACAGAAACUGAUGGUUUUAAUUCAUGGUAGUGGUGUUGUCAGGGCAGGUCAGUGGGCUAGAAGGCUUAUUAUUAAUGAAGAUCUGGACAGUGGCACACAGAUACCUUUUAUUAAGAGAGCUGUGGAUGAAGGUUAUGGAGUCAUAGUCCUCAACCCAAAUGAAAACUAUAUAGAAGUGGAAAAGCAGAAAAUGCAUAAACAAUCAUCUUCUGAUGGCACAGAUGAGCCAGCAGGGAAGCGGGAAAGGAAAGAUAAGGUCUCCAAGGAAACAAAGAAGCGCCGCGAUUUCUACGAGAAGUACCGUAACCCCCAAAAGGAGAAAGAAAUGAUGCAGUUGUUUAUCAGGGAAAAUGGUUCUCCAGAAGAACAUGCAGUCUAUGUGUGGGACCAUUUCAUAGCCCAGGCUGCUGCUGAGAAUGUAUUCUUUGUUGCUCAUAGCUAUGGAGGACUUGCUUUUGUUGAACUGAUGAUCCAACGAGAAGCAGAUGUAAAAAGUAAGGUGACUGCUGUGGCAUUGACAGACUCUGUUCACAAUGUGUGGCAUCAAGAAGCUGGCAAAAGCAUCCGAGAAUGGAUGAGAGAGAACUGUUGCAACUGGGUCUCCAGCUCAGAACCCUUAGAUACAUCAGUGGAGUCCAUGCUGCCUGACUGUCCCAGAGUGUCUGCAGAGCCCCCCGAAGCCUCAGGCAAAGCUGAUUUUAGCUGUAAUCAGCUCUUAACCUUUGGAAAACCAGCAUAAACACUACCUAGCAGUGGUAAUUAUGGUGCUCUGCUAUUCACUCCAAACUGCAAAGGUAAGAAUGUACUACUGUAGUAACACAUGUUAUGGCCAAAUGUAACAACAUGACUUAAGGGGAUUGCCAGUGAAUGCAUUCUGCAUCAGAAAUAAAUUUGAAAUUAAUAACUUAAAAGUGCAUUUUCUAAAAUAUUAGUGUAGUUUUCAAGUUCUGUUCAUAAGUGAUAAAAAUCGUGUACUUCAUCUUUCCUAGCUUCAAAUUGACACGUCUCUAUAAAUUCUUGUUAUUUCAGAUAUGUAUAUAAAAUUAAAUCUUAGAAUUAUAAGAGUAUUUGUAGAUUUCUUUCAUUUUUAAAAUAACCAAAACUGGUUGUAAUAUCCAUGUAAGUAAAAUCUUGGCUCACUUUUAUUGGCAGUAAAAAUUCAUUAGAGAAGGAAUAGAAUUUUUUAUAUAGUUAAAUAGUGUACUGUAGUUAUAUAGGCAAGAGCCUAACUUUUUUUUAUUUAAAACAAGAACUCUUAGUACAAGAGUUGUGCCAUAUGGGAAAUUAAUAUGUAAGAUGAUUUCACUGCCUAUAGUUGGUAUGACUCUGGUUAAAGACAUAACUAAUGAGGUAAAGAACCAUAAACAGGGAGUAGGAUACCUUUCAAGGUUGGAUCUUCAAAGUCAUAUUUGGUGGGGAAAUAUAGAAAUAUUCUCCUGAGUAGAGGUUACAGAAGACCAAGAGAGAGAAGUUAUGGAGCUGUAAGCUAUAGCCUCUGUUGACAGGCUUCUGUACCAGCAAAUCUACCUCAAAUUUCAUGUUCUGUGAAAGACAUCAUCUUAAGCCCCAGCAGUGAACAUUAUAAACUGUUCACAGUAUGCAUUAACUCCAAAUUAAGAGGGAUAGUUUAAGUUAGAAUCUAAUGUGAUGCAUGAAGAUCUAAGAAAUCACCCAUAUACAUUAUAGUUAUGUUGUAUGAUAUACAUUAUACAUAUACAUUAUAGUCUGUGUUGUAUGAUAUACAUUAUACAUACACAUUAUAGUCUGUGUUGUAUGCUGUGGUUUGCUCUGCACUUGCACCUGCAGGCAGAGAGGCCCCUAGAGAUCGUGAGGCAUCAAAGAACAUUCAUGGGCAGCAAGGCUACUAUCUCUGACCAGGUUGGCAGUGCAAUGGAUACAGCUGCCCUCAUUUAUAAGUACCUUCAAUUUAUUAAUAUAAGUAUCAUUUAAAAGGAAUUUAAAAUGCUUUAUGUCCGUAGUGCUGUGAGACAAGUAAAGCAAGCUAUCUAACAGCUAGAUAUCUUGUGGCUCCUUAUAAACAUAUUUUAAUUGUUUUUCUAUCUUGAAAUCAGUGUGAUGGGUGUCUUUUUAGAUUAUUUGUGUUUUAUAAAAUUUCUCAUUCCUUUUUAAGGGAACUUUUAUUCAAAGUGCUAUUGAUUUUAUAACAAAAAGUGCAAUUGUGUAGCAGCAGCCUGACAUAGACAGGAAGGGGUUGCUGACGCUGGAGACCACUAAUACAGAAGUUCCAAUUGACCUUGGUCCUUUGAGCCACCCUCAGAGCUAAGGGAUCACUGUCCCUGCAGCCCUAGAAUGCUCUUGUUAUCACUGUGCACAUAUGAUUUUAAAGAAAGUAGUACAUGACUCACUGUUUUAGAAGUUUUACAGUAAGAAAAUGCUUCCCAGAAUUCAAUACUUCUCUAAACAACAGUUUCAUGCUGGCAAGGAUGUGGAGAAAGAGGAACACUCCUCCAUUGUUAGUGGGAUUGCAAGCUGUUACAACCACUCUAGAAAUCAGUCUGGUGUUUCCUCAGAAAAUUGAACAUAGUGCUACCUGAGGAUCCAGCUAUACAACUCCUGAGCAUAUACCCAAAAGAUGCUCCAACAUACAACAAAGACACGUUCUACUAUGUUCAUAGCAGCCUUAUUUAUAAUAGCCAGAAGCUGGAAAGAACACAAAUGUCCUUCGACAGAGGAAUGGAUACAGAAAAUGUGGUCCAUUUACACAAUGGAGUACUACUCAGCUGUCAAAAACAAUGACUUCAUGAAAUUCAUAGGCAAAUGGAUGGAACUAGAAAAUGUCAUCCUGAGUGAGGUAACCCAAUCACAAAAAAGCACACAUGGUAUGCAUCCACUGAUAAGUGGAUAUUAGCCCAAAAGCUUGAAUUACAGAAAAUACAAUCCACAGACCACAUGAAGCUCAAGAAGAUGGAUGACUAAUGUGUGGAUGCUUGAGUCCUUCUUAGAAGACACAAUAAAAAUAUUCAUAGGAGGAGAUAGAGAGACAAAGUUUAGAACAGAGAAUGAAGGAAUGGCCAUUCAGAGCCUGCCCCACCUGGGGAUCCAGUCCAUAUAUAUACAGCCACCAAAACUAGAUAAUAUUGAUGAAGCCAAGAAGUGCCUGCUGGCAGGAGCCUGAUAUAGCUGUUUCCUGAGAGGCUCUGCCAGAGCAUGACAACUACAGAGGCAAAUGCUAACAGCCAACCAUUGAACUGAGAACAAGGUCCCCACUGGAGGAGUUUGAAAAAGGUUCGAAGGAGCUGAAGGGGCUUUCAACCCCAUAAAAACAAUAAUACCAACCAACCAGAGCUCUCAGGGAGUAAACCACUACCCAAAGACUACACAUGGACACACCCAUGGCUCCAAUUCUAUAUGUAGCAGAGGAUGCCUUGUUGGGCACCAAAGGGAGGAGAAGCCCUUGGUCCUGCCAAGGCUGGAUCCCCCAAUGUAAGGGAAUGCCAGGACAGGAAGUAGGGGUGGGAAGGGGGAACACCCUCAUGAAAGAAGGUGAGGGGGAUGAGAUAGGGGGCUUAUGGAUGGAAAAUCAGGAAAAGGAAUACAUUUAAAAUGUAAAUAAAAAAUAUCCAAUUUAAAAAAAAAUGUAUGUGGACCCGCGGAUCCCGGCCCGCAGCAGCUCUCUGCUCCCAAACCCCGUGGGAGAGAGACCUCACCGCCUGAUCAGGUGGGCACUCCUGAGACUGCAGAGGGGAGGAGACCACCAACACUGCCCACCCCUGCCCACAUCACUGGCCCAAGAGGCAACUGUAUAAGGUCUCUGGGUUCCCGUAGGGGAGGGCCCGGGAGCAGCAGGACCCCUGCGCCUGAGACACCACCGGAACCUGAAGGAAACAGACCGGAUAAACAGUUCUCUGCACCCAAAUCCCGUGGGAGGGAGAGCUGAACCUUCAGAGAGGCAGACACACCUGGGAGACCAGAAGAGACUGCACUCUGUGCGCAUCCAGACGCCAGAGGAAAACACCAAACUUCAUCUGGAACCCUGGUGCACGGAGGCUCCCGGAAAGAGCGGCGCAGAUCUUCCCGGUUGCUGCCGCCACGGAGAGGACUUAGGCAGUGCCCCACGAGCAAACUUGAGCCUUGGAACCACAGGUAAGACCAACUUUUCCCCUGCAAGAAACCUGCCUGGUGAACUCAAGACACAGGCCCACAGGAACAGCUGAAGACCUGUAGAGAGGAAAAACUACACGCCCGAAAGCAGAACACUCUGUCCCCAUAACUGGCUGAAAGAAAACAGGAAAACAGGUCUACAGCACUCCUGACACACAGGCUUAUAGGACAGUCUAGCCACGGUCAGAAAUAGCAGAACAAAGUAACACUAGAGAUAAUCUGAUGGCGAGAGGCAAGCGCAGGAACCCAAGCAACAGAAACCAAGACUACAUGGCAUCAUCGGAGCCCAAUUCUCCCACCAAAGCAAACACUGAAUAUCCAAACACACCAGAAAAGCAAGAUCUAGUUUCAAAAUCAUAUUUGAUCAUGAUGCUGGAGGACUUCAAGAAAGACAUAAAGAACUCCCUUAGAGAACAAGUAGAAGCCUACAGAGAGGAAUCGCAAAAAUCCCUGAAAGAAUACCAGAAAAACACAAUCAAACAGUUGAAGGAAUUAAAAAUGGAAAUAGAAGCAAUCAAGAAAGAACACAUGGAAACAACCUUGGACAUAGAAAAUCAAAAGAAAAGACAAGGAGCUGUAGAUACAAGCUUCACCAACAGAAUACAAGAGAUGGAAGAGAGAAUCUCAGGAGCAGAAGAUUCCAUAGAAAUCAUUGACUCAACUGUCAAAGAUAAUGUAAAGCGGAAAAAGCUACUGGUCCAAAACAUACAGGAAAUCCAGGACUCAAUGAGAAGAUCAAACCUAAGGAUAAUAGGUAUAGAAGAGAGUGAAGACUCCCAGCUCAAAGGACCAGUAAAUAUCUUCAACAAAAUCAUAGAAGAAAACUUCCCUAACCUAAAAAAAGAGAUACCCAUAGGCAUACAAGAAGCCUACAGAACUCCAAAUAGAUUGGACCAGAAAAGAAACACCUCCCGUCACAUAAUUGUCAAAACACCAAACGCACAAAAUAAAGAAAGAAUAUUAAAAGCAGUAAGGGAAAAAGGUCAAGUAACAUAUAAAGGCAGACCUAUCAGAAUCACACCAGACUUUUCGCCAGAAACUAUGAAGGCCAGAAGAUCCUGGACUGAUGUCAUACAGACCCUAAGAGAACACAAAUGCCAGCCCAGGUUACUGUAUCCUGCAAAACUCUCAAUUAACAUAGAUGGAGAAACCAAGAUAUUCCAUGACAAAACCAAAUUUACACAAUAUCUUUCUACAAAUCCAGCACUACAAAGGAUAAUAAAGGGUAAAGCCCAACAUAAGGAGGCAAGCUAUACCCUAGAAGAAGCAAGAAACUAAUCAUCUUGGCAACAAAACAAAGAGAAGAAAAGCACACAAACAUAACCUCACAUCCAAAUAUGAAUAUAACGGGAAGCAAUAAUCACUAUUCCUUAAUAUCUCUCAACAUCAAUGGCCUCAACUCCCCAAUAAAAAGACAUAGAUUAACAAACUGGAUACGCAAUGAGGACCCUGCAUUCUGCUGCCUACAGGAAACACACCUCAGAGACAAAGACAGACACUACCUCAGAGUGAAAGGCUGGAAAACAACUUUCCAAGCAAAUGGUCAGAAGAAGCAAGCUGGAGUAGCCAUUCUAAUAUCAAAUAAAAUCAAUUUUCAAUUAAAAGUCAUCAAAAAAGAUAAGGAAGGACACUUCAUAUUCAUCAAAGGAAAAAUCCACCAAGAUGAACUCUCAAUCCUCAUCUUCGGUUGGUUUAUAUACAAGUGUGCAAUUUCUAGGCUUGAAAGUAAAAUGAUGCUAUCUGGUGCUGGAUAGAGGAGCCUUAUUUUUUAUUAUGGCAGCUUGCUAUUUUUGUAACAUGGUAAUUUGGUUGAACACAAUAAAGUACAGUAGUAACUGAUCUCCCCUUCUUCCUGGAUGAGUGAGGAGAUGAUUAAAUGUUGAUGUCAGCAUCCUUGGGCAUAUUCAGAUGAGCUUCUGCUUCUGUUGAAAAGGAUGCUGUGUUUGAUUGUGGUCCGAAGCUUUGAAGCACUACUUGGCAUCUCCUUCCUUGGAGGUCUCACUGUUUAAACAUAACAGAUUUGAUAGCUUGUUGGUAAGGUGAGGUCCAGCUUGUCUCCACUAGGUCAUCGUCAUGUGAAUCCGGUGGUUAUACGGUUUUGUUCUAGGGAUAUUUCAUUUUUUUAAUAACGGUUUUAGCUGACAUUCAUGGAGAGAAUGAAUCCUUAGAACUGUGCCACUAGUGAAAGGAAAUCCUGUCUAGAGUAUGUUUCUUUACAAAGCUGUGUCACACCAUCCUUUGGGCCCUCUGCUGGAAAAGUAGAAUCAAGUCUCAAAUAAUGCCUUUUAAAUUGUAUCCUCUAGUAUUAUAGAUGUAGGACAGUACUGUAUCAUACCUCUGUGGAUGUAAAAUAGCUUGUACCUGCUUUAUGAUACGUAGUAGUGACCGUGCUUUAUCAGAGCUGUUUUUAAUGAUGUUGCUCAGAAUGUUUUCUUUCCAGAUGAUGAUUGAGAAGCUAAUUUAAAAAAAAAUGGUGCCAGGUACCACAAGAGUAACAGAACUGUGCUGUUUUCUCGGGUUUUGUUUUUUUUACUUUUUUUUUUUUAAUGGAGUGUGCUGGAUGUCUCUACAGUUUUGUUCAGAUGACUGCAGAACCUGGAAAAGCUGUUGCUGCUGUUGAUGCAUAACACACUGCUAUUAUUGGUCUUUUUAUAUAAAUAUAAAUAUAUAUAUAUACAGAUAUAUAAUUUGAAUUUUUUGAAACUUUAGCUGUGCUGUCAACUUUGGAAAAAAGUAUCCCCGUUUAUUGUGUUGAGUUGGCACUGUACAGAAAUUAACAGCCAUAUUGGGUCUAGAAAUGUUGAACUUAAGUUUUUUCCAUUUGUACAGGGGUAACACACUGUAUUAAAUAUGUACGGUCUUAUCUCCGUGGGUUUGAUUACAAAAACUAAUAAAGUAUUCUCUAAAUUUAAAAAAAAAUGUAUGUGAGCUAAAAAGAAGAAGACAAGAAGAAGGAGGAGGAGGAGGAGGAAGAGGAGGAGGAGGAGAGGAGGAAGAGGAAGAGGAAGAGGAAGAAGAAGAAGAAGAAGAAGAAGAAGAAGAAGAAGAAGAAGAAGAAGAAGAAGAAGAAGAAGAAGAAGAAGAAGAAGAAGAAGAAGAAGAAGAAGAGGGAAUUUAAUUUUGUCAUAGGGUUCCAUCCAUUUGUUUCAUUUUCUUCUCUCUUCUCUCAAAGGUCAGGUUUCAGAAAAUGUACACAACUUUAUGCUACAUUUAGAGUAUGUGUGCUGAGAAACCUACCAGAUUGAGGGUUUCUUAAGUGCACUGUCCAAAAUCACCAGGCGUGCUUGAAAUUAGUCAUUCUUGUCAGAAUGCACGUUCCUAGUGCCUGACUCUUAUCUGAAGGUGCCAGAGCAUAUGUUUUAGCACCAAGAAGUGUAAGGUAACAGCGAGAGGGUAUUUGAUUGCUGUAACCUAUAUUUUUUUCUUGUAGCUACCUAAUUCAGGUCAAAAAUGGGUUAAAAUAUAUGCAGAAUGAAUAAAAGUGUUUAAAGAGAAAAUAUUCCAGAUAAUGUGGAUCAUUUUGUCUUAUUUAAUAUACAG